AUGGAUAUUCCCAUUCCUUAUCAUUACAAGAGAGAGAAGAGCAUCGACCCCCUUUCUACACAACCAGCCGCCCUAAUGCACAGAGAUUUUGAUCUGGGAGAUUUAUCGCCCGGGCUGGCCCUGCUGGGCGGUCAGCUGGGCGUUGUGCUCCUGGAACCGCUCGCUCAGGCGGGUGGACGUGGCCAUGGACUUUUGGACGCAGCGGGUGAUGCAGCCGGUCUCGCGGCCGGAGAGCGUCUUGGAGGUGAAGUCGUCGAUGCAGGACACGAAGCAGUGGUCGACGAGGUUGCCGAAGAGCUGAAGGUCAUUCCUCCCAAGCACUAG